AUGAAGGAAUUGAAAGAAAGUUACCAGAAGAAGAUACAUAUACUGGUAUUCUUGUGGUUCGUUGGUAAUAAGAAAUCAUUGCGAUGUGUUGCUACGCUUUUUGGAACCUGCGUCAGAACAGUUUUUCAUCAAUGUGAGAGGGUUAUGAAUUAUCUGAUUGAAAUUGCGGAAAAAGUCAUUAAAUUUCCAGACGAUUUGGAGGAAGAAGCAAGAUCCUUUGAAGAGAUUGCGGGGUUUCUGGAUGUUAUAGGCUGUAUCGAUGGUUCAUAUAUAAACAUAAGAACACUAGCUCACAAGAUUGCAUCAACUUAUGCCAAUCGACACGACAAAACAUCUAUAAUAUUGCAAGCGAUAUGUGAUUCAAAGAGAAAAUUCAUUGAUGUGUUCACUGGAGUUCCAGGAAAAGUUCACGAUGCGAGAGUAUUUAAAUUGAGCGAUAUCUAA